UUUACCUCAAGGGUAAUUAAGUAGUUAAUCUUGUUUUCUGUUUUUUAAGGAUCCUCCAAUGGCAGUGACCCUCGGCCUGCGAAUGGAAGAAAUGAUUUUUAAUCUUGCUGAUACACAUUUAUUUUUUAACGACUUGGAGGAGUGUGAUCAAGUUCAUAUAGAUGAUGUUUCUUCUGAUGAUAAUGGGCAAGAUCUAAGUACCUACAGUUUUGCAACUGAUGGCUUCCAUGCAGCUGCAAGUAGUGCAAACCUUUGUCUGCCAACAGGUGUAAGAGGAGGGGUUGACUGGAUGAGGAAGCUGGCUUUCCGUUACAGAAGAGUAAAAGAGUUGUAUAAUACUUACAAGAACAACAUAGGAGGUCUCCUCGGUCCUGCUAAAAGAGAUGCAUGGUUGCAAUUAAGAGCAGAGAUUGAAGCUCUAACAGAUUCCUGGCUAACAAAUGCACUUAAAUCAUUAUCAAUUAUUAGCACAAGGAGUAACUGUGUAAAUGUCUUGGUAACAACAACCCAGCUUAUUCCAGCACUUGCAAAAGUCCUGCUAUACAGCUUAGGAGGGGCUUUUCCUAUUGAAAAUAUUUACAGUGCAACCAAAAUAGGAAAAGAAAGUUGCUUUGAACGAAUAAUGCAAAGGUUUGGCAGAAAAGUAGUAUAUGUUGUAAUUGGGGAUGGUGUAGAAGAAGAACAGGCAGCAAAAAAGCACAACAUGCCUUUCUGGAGGAUAUCCAGUCAUUCGGACCUCUUGGCUCUCCAUCAAGCACUGGAACUAGAGUAUUUGUAACUGUGUUCUAAAG